AUGAUCGGCUGCUUUUCGACCUCCGUUUUUUCAGGGCAGUUCCUGUUCUUUUCCGGGAGCAUCGAUGCACGCCGAAAAGUCGUCCAGACACCCACCGGCUAUCACCGCCGGCCCGCGGGGUUAAUUGGACGGAUCGUUUGGGUUGGGGCCGCCCUACUGUCCACUCAACUCAAAGUCCCCUGCCCCCCCUCCCCCAAUCCCGCAAGUUCGCGACCUCCCUUCCAUCGCGCUGCCGUCUCCGCCUCCUCAGCACACCGGUUUCCGCCGUCAUGCCACAACCUGCACGAAUUCGUCUGGUGUUCGUUCAGCGUGAUUAUCGUUCUCGACGGUCGGUCGGUCAACGGCUGCCAGCGACGAGAACCACGUCAGGCGCGGUAG